AUGGCUUCCGGCUACGACAGAGCUCUGUCGGUCUUCAGUCCCGAUGGCCACGUUUUCCAGGUCGAAUAUGCUGGCGAAGCUGUAAAGCGAGGAACCUGCGCUGUUGGCGUUAAGGGAAAGGAUGUCGUCGUCCUCGGAUGCGAGAAGCGAUCCGCUAUGAAGCUCCAGGAUACCAGAAUCACACCAUCUAAAAUCCAGGUGCUCGACAACCACGUGGCACUCGCCUUUGCUGGCCUCAACGCCGACGCCAGAAUUCUCGUCGACAAGGCUCGUCUCGAAGCCCAGUCCCACAGACUAUCUGUUGAAGACCCUGUUACGAUUGAGUACAUCACGAAAUAUAUUGCUGGUGUCCAGCAAAGAUACACACAAGCUGGUGGCGUGCGACCUUUUGGUAUCUCGACCCUGGUUGUCGGCUUCGACAAGGGCAACGAGACGCCUAGACUCUACCAGACCGAGCCUUCUGGCAUCUACUCUGCUUGGAAAGCCAAUGCCAUCGGCCGAUCCAGUAAAACGGUUCGCGAAUUUCUUGAGCGCAACUACAAGGAGGAGAUGGACCGCGAGGCUGCCAUCCGCCUUGCCAUUAAGUCAUUGCUUGAGGUUGUCCAAACUGGUGCGAAGAACAUUGAGAUUGCUCUCAUGGCACCGGGUGCUACCAUCGAGAUGCUCCCCACAGACGAGAUCGAGCGAUAUGUCAAGGAAAUUGAGCAAGAGAAGCAGGAAGAGGCUGCUAAGAAGAAGAGCGGACGCACACCAGGCACUGGCAGUGCUGCAAUCUUGACAAGAUCGCAGGAUGAUUAA